GCUUUCAACUCUUACCUUCUAAUUUUCCUCGUCCUCGUACCUACGGAUCAUAGAAUCAUAGAUACCACUUGGUUUUUGGAGGGAUGGCGUCGAGUUUGUUCAAAACCCUAAUCAGAUCGUCAUCGUCCAAUUCUCCAUCGGCGGCCAGAAACCUCUGCCUCGUGAGCGCCCAAGUCAGCAACCACACCGCCAAAUGGAUGCAGGAUAGAAGUAAGAAGUCCCCAAUGGAGUUGAUCAAUGAAGUUCCACCUAUUAAGGUUGAGGGCAGGAUUGUUGCUUGUGAAGGAGAUAGCAAUCCUGCACUUGGGCAUCCAAUUGAGUUCAUAUGCCUUGACCUGCAUGAGCCGGCAGUCUGCAAGUAUUGUGGCCUUCGCUAUGUUCAGGAGCACCACCAUUAGGAGUCUUAUGGUGAUUAUUAUGCUGCAUUGCAUUCUGCAGUGAUGAGUCCCCUAGGGAUAAUUGUGAAAUUGGCAGGGUGCAUAUUUGUACCGGCAUCUCCUUUUUUUCCCAGACAAAAUCAUGGUGUAAUGAUUUACUUUAGUGUGAUUAAUAUUAAGCGAAAAUAAGUAUUUGACAUGCC